AUGCUACGUAGAAAAAGUGGUACUUCGGGGACACCACCUACGAGUCAAUUCAAAAACCCCGAUUCCAACUCGAAGAAUGGAGUUAGCAGAUCAAAUUCUCAAUGGAAAUUGUUGGAUAGAUUCAAACCUCAGAACCCUCCCCUUAAGUCAUCUUCUACUAGUCAGAUAUCAGAGGAAAAUAGUAGCAGCAUCAAAAAAGGGUCACAUCAAGGACUGCUGCAUAAAGGGGAAGUAUGCAUCAAGAACUGCAAGUGUUGUGGAACAGUUGUAUCAUAUUCGGGCGGGAAACAUAAAUUUCGUUGUUCUGUUUGUAAUACCACUAAUGUUAUCAUAAAUGAACCAAGAUGUCAACCAGAUCCGAGCACAUAUCCUCACGUAUUAUCGUUCAGAAGGGUGAAGAAAAUGCUUGAUAUAUGUGUGCAUGAUGCAGACGAGGCAUGUAGACAAGGCAAUUCUAAGUCGACACAUGAAAUAUUUGAACCUCUUUCUAGUUACCUAUUUCUGGCCUUCAAGUCAUAUCCAUGCUUGAAUAAUUCCUUUAAAGUCAAAAAAUCCAGUAAGAAAAUCCACUACUCAACUGCAAAUUUGAACAUGGAAGACAUUAGGUCAAUGUUCAUACUUUUGACUCAUUUGCCUACCAAGAGGCCAUUGUAUAGUGCAUUGAGCGGGGCGUGUGAGUUGUUGAAACGGGUGGAAGUGUAUCAGGAUGAUGAUGCUAGGAAUUUGCUUUGGCUAUUGAUUCUUUUGGAAAUUCCAUUUCUUUCGAAUGCAUUGGUGAAUUACGAAAAAGGUACUUCCACCAAGAUUACCUCAAUGAUAGACGUACCUGAGAUUAAGACCCUAUGUUAUGAUAUUUUGAAAAGGGUGUUUGGGAUUAUGGCGCAAUUCAAUUCUACGUCGCAGAAUAACUAUAUAGCCAGUUGGUUUUCAAAACUCAACAAACGGGAAUUUCUGUCUAAGGUUGAUCUCAUAAAUCUAUAUAUAACAUUCCAUCUUAAGAAAUAUUUUCAUAUUGCUAAUAACCCACAUUUGUCUAGAAGAAAAAGUCUGAGCUCGUCUUCUCGACCUCAUGAACAUCCUACUGAUUACGAAUACUUGGACAAUAUCGAAUUGAAAAACGAACUUGAAGAAAUACCCCCCUCAGAUUUCCGACCUCCUAGUCAUCUUCAUCCAUCGGUGAACCAAAUACCAAGUAGGUCAAUUUUAUCUAGAUCGAAAUCUAGGAAGGAAUCGGUUGUGAAAAUAAAAAUACAUCAAUAUGCCAAUGAUUGGCAUUUGAAGACUGCUGCAAUAUUCCUUUCAACUUUCAUAAGGGCGAAUUAUAUACGCGAUGAUAGCGAAAGGUUACUGGUUAGUAUAUUUUACAAUUCAUUGCUUGAUUUUGCUAAUAUUAAACUAGACUUUGAUUCGUGGCAGAGUAACAAAAAAUCUAACGUUAAGCCGCCAAAUGAUCUUCAAGAACCGGAGCUACAAACUGUAAUUGACUAUAUCCAUGGUCAUAAUAAUUCGUUCAAAUUUAACGAAUCAUCUUCGUAUUUUUUUUGCCAAUACCCGUUUUUGAUAUCGUUAGGAAGUAAAAUAUCCAUAUUGGAAUAUGAGGCUAGAAGACAAAUGGAAAGAAAAGCAGAGGAAGCAUUUAUAAACUCUCUUGACAAGAGGAUUGCAAUUGAUGUCUAUUUCAAAGUUAGGGUCCGCCGGGAAUACAUCGUUCAGGAUUCACUUAGAUGCAUUAAAAUGAAUCCUACCAAUCUAAAGAAAAGUUUAAGAGUACAGUUCAUUGACGAACCAGGAGUCGAUGCAGGCGGAAUCAAGAAGGAGUGGUUUUUAUUGUUAACCAGAGAGUUAUUCAGUCCCCAGGCGGGAAUAUUUGUAAAUAUCGAAGACUCCAAUCUCUUGUGGUUUAACGUUGUGCCUAUUGAGAACUAUGAGAUGUACUAUUUAUUUGGAGCUAUUUUGGGCUUAGCAAUUUACAAUUCUACCAUAUUAAAUCUAAAAUUCCCUACUGCCCUAUAUAAGCUACUUCUAGGCAAGCCGGUGGACCUCAGCGAUUACCAGAAACUAUACCCUGUAUCUGCUUCAAACUUGUUAAAACUUAGGGAGUACAGUAACGAGGAAUUGAUGACCAUGGAACUAACGUUUGAAGUUUCAUACACCGAUUUUCUCGGCAAGGUUCACACCAAGCAAUUGAUACCCAAAGGCACAAAUACUAUAGUCACGGUCGAAAACAGAGAGAAGUAUAUCGAGAAGUACGCCAAAUUCUUCAUGUAUGACGGCAUAACCAACCAAGUGAAUUUCUUUGUCAAAGGCUUCUCCAAUGUCAUCGGUGGAAAUGCCUUGUCGCUCUUCCUGCCCCAAGAAAUCGAAUUAUUGCUUUGCGGUAGCGACGAGGAAAAAAUUGAUGUCGCCAUCCUCAGAUCCAUAACUAAAUACUCCGGCUGGAAGGACAACGACCACGCCACAAACUCGUCCCCAGUCAAAUGGUUCUGGGAAUACAUGGACAAUCUAUCCUACAAACAACACAAAAAGGUCUUGGCCUUCGUUACCGGUUCCGACAGAGUGCCAGCAACUGGUAUACAGAAUUUGAAUUUCAGGAUAAGCAGACUAGCAAACGGCAAUGACAGUAACAGAUUGCCAGUUGCUCACACUUGCUUCAAUGAACUCGCAUUGUAUGAGUACUCAUCCAGAGAAAAAAUGUUGUCCAAAUUGACGACAGCUGUGAACGAGAGUUCGGGCUUUGGUAUUAAAUAA